CCUUUAUUGUCCUCCUCCAUUCUCUGCUGGUGGAGCUGCAAGACAAAUCAUUUACAAGACACAAUGAACCAGAAGGUGGUACUCAUCACUGGCUGCUCCUCUGGGAUUGGCCUUGCUUUGGCUGUACGCAUCGCAAAAGAUGAGAAGAAGAGGUUCAUGGUCUAUGCCACUAUGAGGAACCUGAGUAAGGGCGGGGCGCUGGUCGAGGCAGUAGGUCGGACUCUGGGCAGGACCUUGGAGAUCAAGCAGCUGGAUGUAUGUGACGAAGAUUCCAUCAAAGCCUGUGUGGACAGUCUGCCUGAGCGCAGGGUGGACAUCCUCAUAAGCAAUGCUGGGAUGGGUCUGAUUGGACCCAUUGAGUGUCAAUCAAUUGAUGAGAUGAAGACAGUCAUGGACACCAACUUUUUUGGGCUGGUGCGGCUGCUGAAAGAAAUCCUUCCUGACAUGAAGAGGAAGAGAAAAGGCCACAUUGUGGUCAUCAGCAGUGUCAUGGGUAUUCAGGGAAUUAUAUUCAAUGACAUCUAUGCAGCGUCCAAAUUUGCAGUGGAGGGCUUUUGUGAGAGCUUAGCAGUACAAGCCCUGAGAUUUAACCUCAAUAUCAGCCUGAUUGAACCAGGUCCAGUGAUAACAGAGUUUGAGCGUAAGGUUUUCGACGAGGGCUUGAAGACUGAUCUCAGCAAAGCCGACAAAGUGACGGCUGACAUGUUCACCAACAUCUACUUGAAGAAUUACAAACAAAUCUUUGAGACCCUUGGGCAGACUGCAGAGGAUGUAGCAGAGCACACUUUCAAGAUCAUCACGAUGGAGGAUCCACCUUUUCGCCACCAGACGAACACUCUUUACACCCCAAUGACCACGCUCAAAUAUGCUGACCCCAACGGCGACCUCCCCAUCGACACGUUUUACAAGAUGGUGUUUGAACACGACAAGGUCUUCAACGCCAGCCUGAACUUCCUCAAACUUCUGCGCUGGAGAAGUCGAAAAAGCUUUACCUUGGAAAAUGACAAGAGCAACUAACACAGAGUCGAUUUACCAUCUUUGUUGUUUUUCAGAGACACAGUUCUGCGUGUAUUGUCUCCUGUAUUUUUUCUUUUAUUUAAAGUUUUUAGCUGUACGACUAAUUAUUAUUAUGAUCAUUAUUAAAUAUUAAAAGUAAUAAAUGACCAUGACUCUU